UCUUGCAACUAAUCAAGCAUCGAGAAUUUGCUCUCUGCGUUGUAGCGAGAGGUGGGCGAGGGCGCGUCAGACAUGUUGCAAGAGUAAUCGAUACUGUUGUGCAUGUUUCCUUGAUGUUGGGUUUACUCGUUCAAGCUGUUACUGAAAUUCCUCGUGUCGCCGGGGUCAUGUGAAGCUGCCAUGGUCUUCUGUGGCUGCCUCCUGAUUCCGAACACCCGCACCUCGAAUCAUGACCUUCAUGCUGAAGAAGAAAAAGUACAAGUUUCAGGUUGACAUUCGUAUCGAAGAGCUGACUGCUGUACCAUUCGUCAAUGCAAUCCUUUUCGCCAAGAUCCGUCUCCUCGACGGAGGAAGCUUCUCGGAGACGUCGUCGAGAGAGGAGGUUUGCAACCACUGCGUGAAAUGGGAUUCCAAGUUCGUCUUCACAUGCAAGAUGAGCGCCAACGCCAACACUGGGGAGUUGGACCCCUGUAUCUGCCGAAUUUCCAUCAGAAAGGAGGUCAAGGGAGGCAGGUCCUUCCAGAAGCUGGGCUUUGCAGACCUCAACCUGGUGGAGUUUGCCGGUGCAGGUCUCUGCUCACGGCGGUACUUGCUCGAGGGUUACGAUGCCAAGCACCGCCAAGACAACUCCAUCCUGCAGUUGUCACUCAGCAUGACUCUUCUAUCUGGAGAUCCCUGCUUCAAGGCUCCCACGCUGCUGCCGUGCCCUGCACCCAGUGAGCAGCAGCCCAGUGAGCUGCACGUAGCGGCCCCCAAGGUGGAUGACCACAGUGGCAGCAGCAUUGCAAGCAGCAGCAGUGGCUUUGGCAGCCUGCCUCGUAAGCAGCGACCUACCAUAGGCAGCACAUCUGCAGAAGGAGGCAAUGGUGGCGUGGGAUGCCCAGAGCCAGGUGAGCCCAGGCGGGAGGAGGACUUUGAACAGUGCCACUCACGCAAUUCGAGCUAUCACAGCCAACACUCUCGUGGCUCUGGCUAUGGCAGCCUCCAGUCACACUCGCGGCAAGGUAGCUCUGAGUCUGGACAUGUCAGGAACCUGAGCUCUGGUUCGAGCUAUAGCGACACAUUCCCAGGAUCCCUGAAACCUCCAGAUCGAAAGCGCCCCAUCAGCAAGGUACAGAACUUGCUUUAUAAACAGAUCACUGAGGAACAUCGCAUGGACUCGACACGUGUCAAUGCUGACCAGCUCAUUGAGGAUCUCAUCCGCGACACAAACCUCGAGGCAGAGCCUACCGAGGGCCAAGGGCUGCAGCUCUUCAUAGGAAAGGAUGGAGUACCGGCUCUCAAGACUGGCACUUCAAGCAGCCUCAAAACCACCACCUCAUGUGAUUGAGCUCUCUUUGUGCAGCAGCCUUCUCCAACCCUCUGUGAGCUGUACAUCUUUCAAUGUCGUCAUUCUUUCUCACUGUCUUGGCCCCUUUCUUUUCCCCGCCCCUUCAUACCUGUGAAACCUGCCUUGCUUUAUCUCCACUUGGGAAUGUGCCUCCAACAUUUCCUCAGACUUUGUUGUAGGAACUUUGCUUGGUUUCCUUCUCUUUCUCUGUAUGUAUUUGCUGAAUUUGUUUCUCUUCUUUCAAGCACUGUUGGCUUGUUCUGCCCACAACCACCGUUGUGACUAGUUUAGCUUCGCUUACUUCCUGGCAGGAGAUUCAAACUCUGAAAUAUAAUUUGAAGAAGUGUGACAGGCCACUGCUGAUGGAGCAGCAUUGCCAGGACCACACUUGGGCGCUUUCCUUAUGGAUCUAAGCAGGACACAGCAUGGGCUGUUGCUCUUAGAAGUCCCCUUCUUCACUAGCAACCCUCUUGCAUCUUCUCCCUUCUGUUGUACUUCUUACUCUGGGUUGUCUUGUUCUUUAGAAAAUUUCUUGGGAUUUGCUUCUUUCCUGUGAAAUCCUAUUCACUGAGAGCCUUUUUGCUUCACAACUGCAGACACUGCUGGCACAGCCCAGCUUUAUACCAUGACAUUGCAGGGUGUGACAAGAGUAACAAAGUAACUUUUAGAACAAAGAGACAAGAGUAAACUUGAAAUUAAAAAAAAGAAAUAUCCUGCUUUGGUUUAUUUGGCCAGAAGCUGUCCCAACCCUUAUACUGCAAGGAAAAAAAAUUUUAACUGCUCUUUUAAACAUCAAGAUAACAUAAUUGUUCACUACAUAUUCUGCAGGUGCUCUUAUGUGCAUGAAUAAAUUCUAGAAAACUUAUUUUAAUUGGUAGCUGAUCACAAGUAGCCAAAUAGAGCAACCUGGGGGGCUAUUCUGUAAGUGUCCACCUAGUGGACAUGUCCAUUUCGUCUGCUGCUGAAGUUCUGAUUGGCUGGCCUGGGGUACGCACCAGAAGGAGGCUGGAGCUUUCAGCCAAUCAGCACUUCUGCAGCAGAUGAAGUGGGCAUGUCCAGUAGGUUGAUAUUUACAGAAUAUCCCCCCUGCCCUGUUAUCACUCCUAACAAUUCUUUUGUAUACACAAGUGCGUGUGCCAAUGCACAGUGCCUCUACCUAAUAUUGAUUCAUCUUUAUAACUACAGCAGGUGAUAAGAAUGAGCUAAAAUUGCAGCAGGUUUAAGAAUGUCUGUGCUAUAGUUUAGUUUAAUUUUGUUCUCCUUUGUACAUUCAUUGGGUUGCCAAACCUGCUAACAGAAGCUUUGGAAAAGAAAUUGUCACAUUCUUAGCACUGCACUAAGCUAAAAUUCAGAGACAUAGGUUCUCAAUUUCUUUUCUUUUUUUUUUUUCCCUUCCUUCCUCUCAGGUUUUUUCCUGAGGACUUGUGUGUAUAAGAUUGAAAAGCACUGAAGGCUUUUAUACAGAUUUGCAAUUUUCCUGCUGUUGCACUUAAGCAAACAGGCUGCUGUGUGGAUGCAUAUAUCAGGAUGUCCCCGAGACCUCAGACUAAGAUAUUUCAAAUUUUUCUUGCCCGAUGGAAGGCAGCAGGUAGCACCUUCUCAUUCUGUGCUCAUUUAGGCAUUUCAAGUGUUUCCGAGAGUACCAUUUCAAGAUUGGCCUGGUUAUCUCAUGUUUCUUUAGUUGCUCCAUCCUAGCUGCUGCCCGAUCGUGAUCAGGACAUAAUUUGCGCAAUCUGCAGUGCAAAUAUAGGCUGUUGAAUUUUCAUGUCACAUGCACUGUCCUGAUUACAUUGCUUUUUUCCCCUCAUUACAAUUUUUUUUCCCCUCAUGCUGGAGUCCCCUUUCUCUAUUUCCAAGUUUUCUGUUAUUCUUUCUGCUUUCUAUGUGAAUUCAACUUUUGAAAGCAAGAUACCGUUUUGUAGUGACUUCUAAGUGGUGUUUAACAAUUCAGAGGACCGUUGGAGAUAAUGUUUUAUGACUGACUCCUUGUUUUCUAUCUCCCACUUUUUGUUGGGCUUUUUUUAUUUACCUUGUGUCUAAGAAUGUCUUGUCACUGUUAUUUAUUCCAAGUCCCUGCAAAGACAAGUGGGUAAAAAGCAGGUAUGCUGUUAGAGAGUCUGUCUUACUAUUUAGGUGCGGUAGCUCUGAAUUAUGGUUACCCAAUUCUAACGUUUCCUUAUAUUGCACCCUAUAUUCCACCUGUUGGAUGUGCUUUUAGUCUGUGCUUAAAACUUCAAAUUCUUCUUUUCUGGUCCCUCUUUUUUUCUUCUUUUAAUUUAAGGCUAGUACGACUUUUGAGCAAAUUUCAGGUAAUGGUUAUCGUGACAAUAAGCUCGCUUGCUUGUGCAUUCUUCAAAAUGUGCAAGAAAGCAAGUGUGCAGGAUUUGUCAUUUCCACAUGCUUUUCUACCCAGCCAUUGUUUUCAUUCUUGUACUGUUUGUUUCUCUCUUUUCUGGGGUUACUGCAUUUUGUGAAGAUAUAAGAAUUUGAGUGUAUAUUGUGCUUCAACUUGCACGGUACAUAGCACUAAUAUAAGGCAGUGAAAAAACAAUGUUGAAUGAAAGCUUUUGAACGCAUGGACCAAGUGUUACUAGAAUGAAUGAUUGUAUUUCUUGCAUAUUUGCCUGUGUGUGUGCAUGUAUAAAAUUUGACAGAAUGUGUGUGCCUUGUCAAGUAAUACCUGUCAGUGUUCUGUGCGUUCUGUGCUUGUUGUCAGAAUGCACUAUGCCUCCACUUACUAAUGCUUGCCUGGCUUCAAGAACUGCAUUCUGCUAUGUUUCACUGCUUAGCUCCCACUUUUGCAUGGCUGUGAACAUUUCCUCCAUAGAAUGAAUGUCCUUCCUCCUUCUUUUAGCAACUGCUUUCCUUUUGUUCUUCUCCAUCACCUUUGCUUUGCUCAGUUGUUGAGACCAAAUGUGUGCCUUCAAGUUGCUUUAUAUGAACGCUCUAGAAUGGUUGUUCUUGAAUGGAAGGGCAUGCUGAGCCAUCUUCUCGCAUCUGCCCAAUGAGCUGUUGUGGUAGAGUCUUUCUUUAAUGUGAGGGAGCUUUCUUCCUUUUUUCUCGAUGCACAUUUUCUCUAAAGAAAAGGACAUAUUUAUGAGAGUCUUUGUUUUGUGUAGUGUGUAUUUAUAGCCUUUCUCUAGCAGCUUUAGAUGUUGAAUGUUGUGCUUUAGACAUUGGUUUACGUUGGCAUACGAGUGAGAACUGGCUUCUUUGAAGUUGUGUAUCUAGAGCACAUUCUUACUUCGUUACCACUGCUAACAUGCUGAUAAAAAUAAAAGCUCAGGGAAAUUUCGGACAUGAAAGCAUUAAUCUCGAUACUUGGGCAGCAAGAAAGAGGUAAAGUUAAUGCAGUCAUAUAGGUGAGACUGCUGUUGGCUUCUGCUUAAAGACAAAAAAAAAAAAAAAAAACGUUUUUCCUUUGUGCUUUGAGAGGUACAAAAUGAAGUUAACAAGACCUGGUUUCCUCUGUCUAUUCUGAAUGUCUUCCCCCCACUUUAUAUUGGGGAUUGUGAGAGACUGUAUGUGGUUUUGUUUUUGCUCUAUUCUUUGUCUUAGUGCAGUAGGAAACAUGACAAGCGCAUGUUUGAUAGAAUAUCAAGUAAUAUGUAGUAACCGCACUCUCCUUGUUCUAUUGCUGCAGACAUUCUAAAUUCUUGUUGUUACUGAUGAGCUAGCCACAGUUUAAAAUAGGUCUCACUUCGCAUUAGGUUUCCCACAAGCAGCACAAUUCUCAGCACACAGUAGCAUUACCUGCUUUCAAGCGAUAUGUCAUUUCUUUAACCAUGUCUGGAGCAAGCAGUUCCUCUUUUUUUGUGUGUGUGUCGGUGUGUGUGUGUGUGUUUUUGGUCAAGAGCAACAAGUGUGUUGUCUUGAAAGAAGUGGAAUGUAUGUGCCAUGAGUGACGCUAAAGUAUAAUUUAUGCUUUGGUUUUUAAUAUGGUGUGUGUUCGUUGCGGCAUGGAGAAUGCCUGCUUUCUCCCUCUUGGUUGUUGGGUUAAAGUACACAGACUGAGGGGUAGGAAUGCAAAGGAAAUGUGGCUGUGACUGCAUGAGGAACCUUCUUUUUGUUUGCUUGUGUUGAAGUUAAAUUGCUAUUGCAUGGCAUCCAAAGCACUCUAGUGCAUUCGGUUUAUAGCUAUAUAUAUGAAAAAACUCAAGGCCAUGUGUAUCUUUUUUGAUUUGCAUAAUCUUGAAAAGUAAUUUUUUUAAGUGAAAAAUUAUUGGCAAGCUGAAUCGACAAUUAUUGGCCGAAUGCACAGUGCCUUUCCUGGCAUUUCUACCUCUCAUUAGCAACUACUCUUCCCAUUGAACAGAGAGCAUUUCUUGAAUGGUUUCAUGUGUGUGUAGAACUUGGGAGAAACUUUCUGAAGGAUGUAAUAAUUGUGCUAAAAUGGAAGCAUAGAGCCGGCCUUUUGCUUCCGUUUUGCCUUCCCCUUUCUUCCUGGCGCCUUCCACUGGAAUGCAUGUGACCUUGCUGUGGCACGAGUGUUGUGUGUGGACCACACAGUUGUCAGAUAGACACACACUAUGCUCAGCUCCUUACUUGUUAGUCAAUGCCAUUAAAUACUGCUGCGGAUUAAUUUGUCUUGCAGUGUAUGUAGCCAGCUUUGUAGCAUUGGUGUUCUUUCAACAGAGUUGUAAGUUUGCACAUACCAGUGGCUUAUUCUUAGGCCACUGGUGCAGCUUCGGAGUGGCGCAGCAAAACCACCCUGCAGAGGCUGCCUGGUGCUGAUCAGAUUGUAUGAGCAGCCAGCAUCACAGAAUGUUGCAGGCAAACUGGCACUAGUGACAGUAAGAUGUGGAGUUGCAUAGUUGUCAUAAAAUGAACACAAAUCAAACAACGGCUAACUGAUGUGCUGAAGCUAAUUUAAUGAACCUUUCCAGAUUAGCCACUCGUGUCCCCACUUUGUUCUCCCACUUUAAUAUCUUAAUUGGCAAAAGUGAACUUUUAUUUACAUGUUUUUUUAGGCACUUAGUGGCAAAACACUUCAUCAUGGCACCUUCAUCGUUGGUUUUAAACUGAUUUCAUAUGUAAACUUCCUGCAUCAUCACUAAAAUUUGAGUGUCACACUUCAUUGCACGUGUGCAUUGAGUGAGUAGCUUGACUUAAUGUGCUUGGUUACCAACUUACUAGGUGCCAUCAGUUCAGAAAGCCUGCUGUGCUACUCCGAAGGCAGUCAGUAGUCCUUGUGUUAUGCGAACAACCAGCUUAAGAACCUGCAGUUUCUAGUCAUUCCCAUUGCACCUGUGUUGAAGUGUGGUUUGGAAAGGCAUAAAUGCUGUCUUGCUACCUCUCUAAUUUCUUAUCAGCUGCAAUUUGAAAAAAAAAUCACUGUCAUUGAAGUUAUUGUGACCAGAUUGUAAUGCAUUCUUGCGCAAAUUUCUCAUCCAUGCCACAUGUUUUUUCACUUAGUAAAAUAAUUGCAGUGUUUUUGAAAGUUUAGCAAUUGAUUCUUGCAACUGUUUUGUAAAUUUUUUGCAACUUGCAUGAAAAUCCUAAUACCAAGUAGGCCAUUUGUCUCCUCAUUAAUUUCCCAAUGAAGUUGUGUGUUUGCAGUGGGAAAAAAAAAAACUUAUUUGAGGGCUUGCUUUAGUUAUUUAACCAUUUCUAAAUGCCAGUAAUGUUGCGGAAACUCAAGAAAUCAACUGCCAAGGUGUCUGAAAUAUCAGCUUUCUUUUAACAGCAGCCGAAAUAACCAAGAUUUUUGUUAUCCCUUCUAUAAGAACUCCAUAAUGUUAUAGUAAAUGCCGUAAUUUCCCCAAUCCUUUUUAAAAAUAGAUUUGUUACUACCUGUGAUGUACACUAUCGUUUUCAGCUAAUCCAUUAUUAUCAAUCAGUGCAGUCAUUAUUCACCUGUAAUAUGCAAUUUUUUUGUUUUAUUGGAGCAGGUGUAAUGUCCGCUGCUUUUUUUCUUUUUUUUUUCCUCUAGACAGUGUGUGGCAGAUAUUUUGCCACUAGCAUUGAAUCGUAAUGAAAAGUUUUCUGUUUCUGCACAUCAGGGUCAUUGUAAGAUUUGUGAUCAAGGAAAGUUUAAGGUGCAUUUUAUCCCCAUUGAAAUGUGAAGAUUGUUGUAGUACAAAAGAUAUUUGGGCAAAUGGACGUAUUCGUGAGCAGAGCACUAGUGAAUAAUUUAUGACAUUUCUGAAUUUUUGCUCUUUUCUCUGCCCCCAAGUUUUUUGCCACUUUGUUUUCAUGUUUUUCCUGAAUGUGCAUGCCAAAUAAAUUGACAGAAUUCUGUCAUGUUGCGUUUUGACCGUUGGGCACUCACGCAGCUUAAACCAAAGCAUGCCAGUCAGCACGGCAUUCCCUUUGGCACUUGUGUUGUAUGCUGAGGCAAAACUUGUUGCAUGCAUACUAUUCAGUGGUAUUCCAUAACUUUAUUCUGUUACGCAAAGUGGAAGAUUUCACUGCUGUAUUUUGCCCAGUUUACCUAUUAGAUUUCUCCUAGUCUGGUGUGGGAAUACAGGCAAUUAGCAGUAAAUGGAGGGCUACAACAGACUGCCAGCUCGAAUUGUAGCCAAAGUCUUUUGGCACUGACUACAGGCUGCUCCAACUGGAGCUUCAGUAACCCUUGGUGCUGAUUACCAGGCUGGCUGUUGUACAGCUUUUGCCUUGCAUAGUAAUAUUUAGUCUUAUGUCUAUAGUCACUGUUUUCCAUCUGCAUUAAUAUUGUUUUUUUCUUUUGCAGCUGUGUCAAACAACUUUGAUAAACUAGUAGUUAUCUGAAGAUUUUAGUUCGCUUUUGUGCUAGGUAGAUCCCUCAAAAUAUUAUUUCAGAUACUUUAAAGGGCUCGAGAUUUUCUAGUGAGCACUCCCCUACCUGAAGACAUGACCAACAAUAGCUUCACAGGUGCCACUAAGAAAAGCAGUGGGCAUAUAUAAUGCUCUGAUAGGCAUGAGCAAUGAUUUGCAAUAGAAUCUCGGUGAUACGAAUCUCUCGGGACGGCGAAAAAUAUUCGUAUAACUCGGAACGUAAAAAAAAAGAGGGGGGGGGGAAAAACGGGAGAAGCUGCAAUGAAAUGACUGCUCAAAAGAAUUAAAAAAAAUUUUUUUCUGCAAUCCUGGGAUCUUCUUUUAUCCCAUGGCAAAAUAUUAUGAAUACCCAGCCGGAUUUGAGAAAAUUGCACUUUAGGUGUGUUUAUAUUUGAGCUCAACUAGGGCUUCAGGAUCCGUUUUCGCACCGCUGAUCGCCGUUUUCGCACAGCCGCCAUCUUGGUGUUGCUGUAAAUAGGAGAGAUCGGAAUUACAGGUAGCCGUAGUGCCGUAUUUCUCCACGCAGAAGUAAAAGCAACAAAAGCUAGCGCGAAAAAAAAAAGGGGGGGGGGGGGAAUUGGAAACGCGAUUCGUAAUUGCAGCUACAUGUGCGCAGUCCACGCAGCUAUAGGUUUACGCGAAUUUGAAUCAUUGGCGUGCUUGUUUCGUGCACAUUUUGGCAGCAGCGAGCUGCGCACUUCGCGUGUUCCGAGGUCGACGUUUCAAGAUCCGCCUGUUAAUCGCGAGUUUCUUUUGCUGCAUCCUAGCUGCUGCCUGAUGGUGAUGACAUGGUUUACGCAAAAUAAAGGAAUCUGGGCCGGUAUUUUGUAGCGAUGCCUUAUGACUUUUCUAUACCAGUCUUAUCAUCCACCGCUCACGGCCGGCUGUUCCCGUUAAUAACGCGAGCGGACCGUUGCGCUGACCACUGACAAAGCGCGAUAAGGCAUUAUUACCGGAAAGGCAUCGCUGCAAAAUACCGGCCCUGUUUACUUUUCUUUGUGGCGGCGAAGCUCCUUAUCGUUUGAUCUGACUGCUGCAAAGCUAGCAAAGUUUCGAAUUGUCAUCGGGCGCCGAAGACGACGGAAGGAGUGGAAUACAGAGAUAAGGCAUUUGAUGAGGGUGGACCGCUGCCUAUCGAAGCGAAUGCCGCUGAUCUUGCCGACGCGGCAAAAUUAGGUCGCGUGCUAUUGCUGGCUCUCCUGUUUGAGCAGCGCCUCUAUUUUUUCAAUGCCAGACAGAUGCGGCCGAUCCAACGGUUCACCACCCUCCCCGAUCACCCUUUCCUACUCUCUCCCGUUGGCUAGCGCUCGCGCCCGCUUUACGGUCGUGGGGGAGAGUACCAGUACCCUCUGGGUGGCGCCUCACGACUGAAGUCGGAGGAAGUAAUCCUGACAGACGCGUGAAGCGUCUACCGCAUCUCCAGAACGGCAGCGGCGCGCGCUCAGUGGCUCAGACGCACGCGUAACGCAACAGUCGUAGCGUGACGCAAGCAGUCGUACCUGAAGCCCCUAUAUAGUAAAAGUACCGCCAUCUACUCUUUCCUCCGCCGUCUCCUUUCCUAAAUAAAGCGCUUGUUUUUUUUUUUUCUUUACUUUUUGCUUGCGAAAGCAAGUCGUCGGUGGCACCCCUAGAAAGUCCACGUUGAAGCUUUCUGGCCGGGCGCGCGCUGCCGCCGACGACUGCGGCUGCGCAGAGUGACUUUCAACAUGGCUCUGAGGCGGAAAAAAAAAAUCGUCCAAUCGGAGGUACAGGAGAGAGAGAGAGAGAGAAGCGGCGUUGAUCGAAGGAUGGCGGUACUUUUCUUAUAUCGUACCUGAAGUCCCUAUAUAAGAAAAGUACCGCCAUCUACUCUUUCCUCCGCCGCCUCCUCUCCUAAAGCGCUUGCUUUUUCUUUACAUUUUGCUUGCGAAAGCCAAGUCGACGGUGGCGCACCUAGAAAGUCCACGUUGAAGCUUUCAGGCCGGGCGCGCGCCGCCGCCGGCGACUGCGGCUACGCAGAGGACUUUCUACAUGGCUCUGAGGCGGAAAAAAAGAAAAUAUAAAGAAGUGAAAAGCGCGCGCUAUCAUCGUCCAAUCGGAGAUACAGGAUAACACAGGAGAGAGCGAAGCGGCAUUUGUCAAAGGAUGGCGGUACUUAUAUAGGGACUUUAAUCGUACCCUCUGGGUAGCGUCACAUCGCGGCAACUCACUGAACUAAGGCGUACCAGCGGCUCCCAUUGCGGAGCGGGCGAUUGCACUGGCAUUGGAAAAAUAGAGGCGGCGUUGGUUUGAGCUAGGCGUUUGAAAACGGCCGACAAGCGGCACAAUACUGCAAAAUAAAGCGAAGGAUCGCAUAGAAAUGUAAAGAAAACGUGAACUCACGGGCAAAGGACUAGUGUCCCAGCAGGCUGUAGGCGCUAUAAGGCUUUCUUCCAAUGAUUCUGACAAACAAAACUUUAGGCAACGUUUUCUGAGCUUUUAAUUUCCGGGCAGUUGCUGUCACUCAUUCGCGCCGUUUUAAUGAAGGUAGAAUCGCUUUGUUUUUGUUUUUCCAUACAAGUCCUGAAGCAUUCAGCAGUACAAUAACGCUGUCCAUUUUUGUCUGCAUGUCAUAAGUAUUCUUAUACCUUUUGCAAACGUCAAUUGUAAGGCAAUAUACAUGUGUUUUUUUUUUUUCGUACGGUUACUGUGCAUUAAAAAAAUAGACCAAUCGCCUUAUAGCACAGACAUGGAUUUAUGAGAAUUACAGGGUGUGGGGCGAGAGCGUGCGCGGCCGCUCUGCCGGCUCUGCAAGGCCAGGCAACAGCCAGUGCCUGGCGCUACCGGCGUGCGGGCGCCUGCUUGCCGGGAACUCGGUUGUUCGUAUCAUCCGCCGCGGCACGAAAAACGGUUCGCAAAAUCCGAAAUCUAGCACGUUGUAAGCCAAUUGACUUGGUUCGGGACUUUUGAAGAGUUCGUAUCGGUCGUGAUCAUAUCACCGAGAUUCUAUUUAUUUGCAAACGCCUCGAGCGGUAUUUUUAAAAAGCUGACAGUAAUUUUAAAUUAAAGUCUUGUCACACUGGCAUUUCACAUGUAUCCAAAAUGUGAACACGAAAGAGGAAGGUUGUGCUGUUCUUGAAAUCAAGAGGCACAAUGGUUCAACAUGCAUUUUUCAAGUUUGCCACAUCACAAACAUGGUGCCAAAAAACGGAUGUGCGGGGGUGGGAAAGAACACCUAUUUUUUUGACCAGCUGUUAAUACUGCAAUUUUUUAUAUCACAUCGACAAAACUUUAAAAUGCAGUGUUUUUGUCGGAUAGAGCCACACUGUUGUGCCGAUUUUCAAAAGUUGAACUUUAUACAAAAGAAAAAAAAGUGUCAAAAAUUGAGAGGUUCCAUUGGUUGUAUGGAUGUUGCACGUUUUGACUAACUGAAUAAACUGAGUAUUACUGUGAA